UUGGUAAAUGAAAACAAUAUUUACUUCCAGCGUGAUACUGUUAAUUUAAAGAGGGCAUGGGAUAACAUGAAGGCUUUUACACGUAAAGCUCGUGCAGCUGAAUGUGGUAGUUUAUUUAAAACUGGAGGAAGUCCUGUAAAACCUCCUCUGCCACCACACCGAGGAGCCAUUAUAAGCAUGGUAGAAGAAGUAGCACCUGUUAUAAUUUGUGAAGUGAAAAAUUCAUUUGACAGUGAUGGAUGCCUAUUAAGUUCACUUGAAGAGGAGGAAGUAAAAUCCAGUGAUUGCAAAAUAGAUGAUAAUGAACCAAAUAAAUAUCAUCUUGCAGAGUCUGAAAAAACGCUCACCGCUGAAUUUCCAAUUCAAGUUAUAAAUAACAUAGGAACUCAAGACGAACAAAACAUUCCAUUUAGCCCAACUGAUUGUAUACCUCGAAAGCCUGCAGAUUAUAUAAGAAGAGAAGGUGUUUUAUGA